AUGAGACGUAGAUUUCUUAGUCGAUUCCUUAACUUGGAAAGCCUUCCAGAACCAAAAAACUCAUACGAAUUAUCAUCAAAAGAUUAUGAAUAUUUCGUAAUUGAUGAGUCAAUUAUUGAUAUAGAUAAUGAACAACUCAGAGAUCCUGCUGUCGUUAAUAAUAAUAUUGAUUCUAGAGUUACGUCAACGGUCAGAGCUACUACUGAAGAACACGAAUUAUUAGAAGCUUCUGAAUAUUUACGCUUGGACAGGGAUCCUGCUGUCGUUAAUAAUAAUAUUGAUUUUAAAAAUAUUAGAGUUACGUCAAUGGUCAGAGCUACUACUGAAGAACAAAUGGUUUUUCAAGACUUUUAUUUAUCUGUUAUUAUUAAUGCAAAAGUUAUCUCUGUUCCUAAUGAAGAAUAUUCCAAAGUUUUAAAGUGUUCAGUUAAUCUUACAGAAUGUGGAGUCGGACGUAUGCUUAGUGAAAUUUCGCAAAAGCUUUGCAGAGUUGGUACUGGUUAUUUUCUAGAUUCCGUUGUGAUUAAAUUUUCGCCAACUCCAAAAAAUCAUAGCGAUAGUAUACCUCGCAUGAUUGCAUUUAAAGUUAAUACACAGCCACAGCAACCCAAUCAAACAAUGAAGGUUUCAACAAUUCGUGAAAAAAACAAGGGAAUUAAGGGACAAAUCAGUGUAGCAGUACCUAAAUUUGGAAUUCAAGUUGGAGGUAAUUAUUAUAUAAAAAAUGCUCUCGGUACUGAAACAAUGAAAUGUGAACAAGAUAUGAAAUUUGACGGUUGCUAUACAACCGGAAAUUGUUGGACAUAUAAUAUCAACAAUUUUCGGGAAAGUGGUAGUUAUAAUAAUAACUUCGCACCGGGUAUUCAUUCUGAUGAGUGGCAUAUUUUAGAUGCGAUGGGUGGAAAUAACAUUAAUGAUUUUGAAAACUAUUUUGCAAAACUUAAUGAGGUACAUGUUAAGCAAAAAGCUCUUGAUUUUUUAGAAAGUGAUAACUUUAAUGAGAGUGAUACGCAAAGACAAGAAGGCAUAGAUGAUUUUACAGUGACCAGAACUAUUAGUCGUUAUGGAGCUGGCUGUAUAUAA